GCGGACACACCGUGCGCGUGCGCGCUGCUCCUCCCAGUGCGCCCCGGCGGCCGGCAGGCACGGAUAGGCUAACUUUAAAUCCCUUUGGCAGGAAGACGUCGGAACCAACUGGGCAGUCUCAACCACCUACUGGUGCUUGUCCCUUUAAAUCCCCUCCACCUACGUGGCCAUGGGCAAGAGCCGGACCAAGCGCUUCAAGCGACCUCAGUUCUCCCCUACCGGCAGCUGUCAGGCCGAGGCUGCGGGAGCCGCGAAUGGGACCGAAAACGAGGAGGACGACGAGCCGGCGGCCGAGCUGCUGGAAAAGCUCCAGCACCCGAGCGCUGAGGUCCGCGAGUGCGCUUGCGCGGGGCUGGCCCGCUUGGUGCAGCAGCGGCCGGCGCUGCCCAGCCUUGCUCGCCGCGAUGCUGUACGCCAGCUCGGGCCGCUGCUGCUCGACCCCAGCCUGGCGGUCAGGGAGACGGCGGCCGGCGCGCUGAGAAAUCUCAGCGCUUGUGGAGGUUUUGAAGUUUGUGAUGACAUGGUGACUAAAGACAUCAUGACUCCCCUGGUGGCUCUGCUAAAAGAGUGUGGUGCUGGACUAGAUUCAAAUGAGAUGUCUCCACAGGAGAACAAAGAUCAGAACAGAAACUCUGUUGAGAACAUAGCCAAUGAGGCUGUGAACGUGCUGUGGAAUAUAUGUGAAUGCAGUAGUAAAGCAGUGUCUAUAUUCAACAAAGAAGGGUGUUUGGAGAUUGUGUUAAAGUAUUUAAGUAGGUUUCCCACCAAUGUUGACCUGGCUAUUUCAGUAGCAUACUGUUUGCAGACAGUGACAGAAGAUAACCCAGAGCUACUGAAAUCUCUCAAUGCUACAACAUUGCAUGGGCUGGAAUGUGCCAUGCUUUGUCCUGUCAGUUCCAUGGAGUACAUUCUGUUAAAGACCCUGGUGGCAGGCACAGUCUGGAAUCUAAAGGACAUUAUUCCAUCCAAGAGUCAGGCAGAGAUCAUAAAUGCCAUACUGAAGAUCUUAUCUGAAGUUUUAGAAGUCGAUGCCAUGGAAACGGUUAUUCAGAUGAAGGAGGCUGAGACUCAGCGGAUAAAGUUGGCUGCAGAGAGCGAGGAGGUCCUGGAGCAUGCUAAUGGCAUUAAUGGCACUGAUCUGGUUGAAGAUGAUGAAAUGGAGGAAACUCCUCGAAAGAGAAAAGUUAGAAGAAAGACUUUUAUUUCUGAUUUACUUCCACCCACUGACAAGGAACUGAGAGAGACCACAGCCUUGCUGGCAGCUCAGCAGACCGCUUUGGAAGUUAUCGUCAACAUGUGCUGCAGUGAAGAUCCCUCAGAUGAUGAGUGGGAAGAGCUGUCGAGCAGCGAUGAAAGCGAUGCCUUCAUGGAGACUUCCUUCACUGAGGAUGGCGGGCAGCUACUGACCCCACUCUGCCUGUCCCACGAGAUUCACACUGCUCUCACUAGCUGCCUUAUCCCAAAGAAGGUAUUUGAGAAAACUGCCUUUCCAAGCAGUGUCGCUGUUGACAUAUGCUCCCAGAGCCCUACUUGGAAACCUUUGAUUAGAAAGAUGAACACUAUACAGUGUAGAGCCCUUGUGUGCCUCCAAAGCCUAGUGUCCCUCUUGGAUGUGGAUCACCUGGGUGGAGCUCCGGCCCUUUACACACUUGCGCAGCACCUUUCAGACCUGCUGUUUUCGCAGCCAGGUUUUGCUGACCACCCGGACUUUCUGGAAGCCAUAACUAGUGCCUUGAGGGCCCUUUUGCAAACAAUGGCCUCUAAUAACCUUCCCCAGCAGUGCAUGACACCCGAGCAGCUGAUGACACUGUGCAGAGCUGGCAUUGGGAGCAGCAAUGUCGGGGUUCGAGUGAACGUUGUCAGUAUUUCAGGAAUCACUGGCAGCAUGCUGGCCAAAGAAAGUGGGACACUUGACACUCUUAAGACCAUUGGGUGCUUUCUGCUUGAGGUCGCCACCAAAGACCCUUCCCUCGUGGUUGUAGGAGAAGCUCUGGAUGCCCUCUUUGAUGUCUUUGCAGAUGGGGAGGAAGCUGAAAGGGCUUCAAUCCAAAUAAAAUUGCUAUCUGCUCUCAAAGAAUUUCAGCCUGUCUUCAAAACGAAGAUACGAAAGGAAGGAAGAGGUAAAUACAGUCCAGAUCAGCUGUGUGUUCUUGACAAUGUGAAGAUGAACUUGAGAAGGUUUAUUGCUUAUCAAGAAACUGUGGAGAAAAGACUGACUUCCUGAAACAUCAGAAGAGACUCAAGACUCUCUCCUGGGAGCAUGGUCAGAGGUGGAAUGCUUGUGUAUGAUGUGGGAAGGCCUGGGUCUGUCCCCAGUGCCACAAAAAGAGACCAACUUCCCAAAGGAGUUGGUGCUGCAAAUACAUGCUUCCAAAAGCUCUUGGAAUGCUCGUACUUUGAACUUUAAUUUGAAGUUCAU